UGACACUCAAGUUGGCGCGCCUGCGAUCCCGGCGGAAGUCAAGUCACCGUAGUUUCGCGUCGCGUGUGACGGAUUUUCCUUUCGAAAUCGUGGUGCGAUAGAAGAGCGCGAUGGGUCGUUACUCCCACGAACCGGUCAACCAGGGCAAAUCGUGCAAGGCACGAGGCUCGAAUCUUCGCGUGCACUUUAAGAAUACUCAUGAAACAGCACGUGCUAUUAAGAGUAUGGCUCUGAGAAGGGCGCAAAAGUACUUGAAGAAUGUCAUUGAGCACAAGGAGUGUGUUCCGUUCCGUAGGUUCAACGGCGGUGUUGGCAGAUGUGCUCAAGCCAAACAAUUUGGUACUACGCAAGGUCGUUGGCCUAAGAAGUCCGCAGAAUUUCUUCUGCAGCUUUUGAAAAAUGCAGAGAGCAAUGCGGAUUACAAAGGACUGGAUGUAGAUCGACUUGUAAUUGAACAUAUUCAGGUUAAUCACGCGCCUUGUUUACGUAGAAGAACGUACAGAGCUCAUGGUCGUAUAAAUCCAUAUAUGAGCUCGCCUUGUCAUAUUGAGGUGAUAUUGACAGAAAAGGAAGACGUGGUUGCGAAAGCUACCGAAGAAGAACCGUCGAAAAAGAAACUUAGUAAAAAAAAACUUGCGAGACAAAAGGAAAAGAUGAUGCGAGAAUAAUUUCUUACUUUAAAUUGAUGUAUACUUUGAAAAAAAUGAAGAUACUUCAUAUCGUA